UCUUCUUCAAAGUUUGCUCGCAAGCAGUAGUAUUCUAAUCUCCGCUUGGAAAUUCGUUUUUUUAUUCUCGAAUACAUUUCAAAAUUCAAUUUUAAGUGUUUUAGCACCUCUACCUUCUCCUUUUUCUAUUGGCUUCGUCGUUCUUCCAAGCAUUGUCCGAUGCUCUUGCGUGAUGAGAAUGGAAAGAGACUUUUGUGGAAGAAGAGGCAGAAUUGAGUGAUCGGAAAGAGAGGAAGAGAAUAGAGCUAAUGGGAUUGCAAAGGCGGCGACGGCAGGAGCGGCGGGUUGUGCCGGCGGUGCCUGUGCAGGCGGCGCUCUCCGCUGCGGUUCUCCUGCUACUCGUCGUCCUUUCCUUCCACUCCUUCCUCUCGUCGGCUCCCCUCGCCGACCGAACUUCGCCGGACCCGGUGCCCAUCCGCCACCUCCUGCCUCGCCGGAAGCCCUCCUCCAUUUUGCAGCUAAAGGAUAAGAUGGAGAUGCUAGGGACCGACGCCGGCGAUGUCGAUGUCUUUCUUAUUCCAAGUGGAGGAGAGAGCCCGGUGGGCAAUCUUUGGGGUUCAAAGCUGUCUAAAGAUUUCUAUGGAUGCAGCCAUGCGAGCAGUGGGUUUGCAACGGCUGAGGCCAAUACUGUUCCAAAUAGAUAUUUGAUGAUAGCAACAAGCGGAGGGUUAAAUCAACAAAGAACUGGGAUAACUGAUGCUGUAGUUGCAGCUCGAAUUUUGAAUGCUACUCUUGUUGUUCCUGUACUUGAUCAGAAAUCUUUCUGGAAAGAUGCUAGUGACUUUAGUAACAUCUUUAAUGUUGAAUGGUUCAUUGCGUCUCUGGACAAGGAUGUCAAGAUCAUCAAGGAACUCCCUGAAAUUGGUGGUAAAGUCACUCGACCCCAGAUCAUGCGUGUUCCGAGAAAAUGCAAUGCAAGAUGCUAUGAGAAUCGAGUGCUGCCUGUUCUUAUUAAGAAGCAUGUUGUUAGGCUUACAAAGUUCGACUACAGGCUCUCAAACAAGUUGGAGACUGAUCUUCAGAAAUUGAGAUGCAGAGUAAACUAUCACGGACUAAAAUUCACAGAUCAAAUACAAAUGAUGGGUGAUUCACUAAUUCAAAGAAUGAAGGCAAAAAGCAACCACUUUAUUGCCCUUCACUUAAGGUUUGAAACUGAUAUGCUAGCUUUCUCUGGUUGUUAUUAUGGUGGAGGAGAAAAGGAAAGAACAGAGUUAGGAGCAAUUCGCAAACGGUGGAAAACCUUACAUACAAGCAAUCCAGAAAAGGAGCGUCGACAUGGUAAAUGCCCCCUUACACCUGAAGAAAUAGGUCUUAUGCUGAGGGCAUUAGGUUUUGGCAAAGAUGUGCAUAUUUAUGUGGCUUCUGGAGAGAUAUAUGGAGGAGAAGAGAGAUUAGCACCUCUGAAGGCACUCUUUCCUAAUUUUCAUUCAAAGGAAACUUUGGCAACCAAGGAUGAAUUAGCACCUUUCUCAUCAUAUUCAUCACGUAUGGCUGCACUUGAUUUUAUCGUCUGUGAUGGAAGUGAUGUAUUUGUGACCAACAACAAUGGAAACAUGGCCAGGAUAUUGGCUGGUAGAAGGAGAUAUUUUGGUCACAAGAGGACCAUUAGACCAAAUGCCAAGAAACUCUAUUCCCUCUUUCUAAACAGAACCGGAAUGACUUGGGAGACAUUCUCUUCAAAUGUACACACAUUUCAGAAAGGAUUCAUGGGAGAGCCAGAUGAGCUUAGACCUGGCAGAGGCGAAUUUCAUGAGUAUCCUUCAGCAUGCAUUUGUGAAAGAUCCAAGAGAAUAACAUAUUCUAAUUCUGAUAUUCAGAAUGAGGCUGGGAGCUAUAGCGGGAAGGGAACUGUGAACAGAAGCACCAGUGAGGACUUAGACUGGAUAGACUUUGACUAUGGUGAAAAUGCACCUCUAGGUAGAGUUUCCCCCAUCGAAAUUGAAUCUGAGUAUGAUGCCAUGAUCAAGCAAGAGGACCUAGAGUUGGAAGAAAUACUUUCAGAUUAGAAUUGGUUCCAGAAGCUCAAAAGUGAAACAUCUUUUUUAUCAAGUUCUCUUUGCUCCUAACUCUUGCUCUCUGAUCAGAAUUUUGCAGUGGCAAUGCUUUAAGAUUUCACUUAUCAUACUUGUUGAAGGAGUUCAUGAUAGACAAAAGGAGAUGCAACAAAAAUUUUGAUUGUACAUAAAGGCUUGGGAUAGUCUGAAUUACACAACUCCAUUCAUCUACUUGAUCAAUCACAACAGUGGUUGCAGCUGUCCAGAUUGUCAGAGCUACUUGUACAUUCUUUUUGUUUGUUCCGCAGAUCUGAUUUAAAGUUGGGACAUUUUGUUUAUAGUUGCUUGUUUGACAAUUUUAUUGGUAAAUAUGUGGGAAAUUGGGUGGUGUUACCAAGAUGGUUGAGGAUAAAGCUUGUAAUUGUGAAUCAUGCGUGUUUACUAGUUGGCACAAGUCAGUUUUUUCUGCUUGUAAACAAUCAAUAAGGUGCUGAGGAAGAAAUGCAUGCCUUCAGUACAAGUGUUGUCAA